CUGGCUGAUAUUGGGUGACGUCACACUCACCCUCGGGUGAAGUAGUGACGUGGUGACGUGGGGUGUUUGUCGCUGCAGACGCUGGGUCGAUGCAGUCAGAGGGUCCUAGGGUUCUGCUGGUGGAACCGUUCUACGGCGGCUCUCACAAGCAACUGAUCGACCUGCUUCAGCAGAACAUCAGCGGCUGCUCCGUCUUCACGCUGCCCGCCAAGAAAUGGCACUGGAGGGCCCGAACGGCAGCGCUGCACUUCAGCCAGACCCUCCCCAUCUGCCCCUCACACAGAGUCCUGUUCAGCAGUUCAGUCCUCAACCUGUGUGAGCUGGUGGCCCUCAGACCAGAUCUGGCUCACCUAAAGAAGGUGCUGUACUUCCACGAGAACCAGCUGGUUUAUCCGGUCCGCAAAGACCAGGAGAGAGACUUCCAGUACGGAUACAACCAGGUCCUCUCAUGCCUGGUGUCAGACGUGGUGGUGUUUAACUCCAUCUUCAACAUGGACUCCUUCCUCUCCUCCAUCUCCUCCUUCAUGAAGAAGAUUCCAGACCACCGACCCAAAGACCUGGACCAGCUGAUCCGGCCAAAGUGUGUGGUUCUGUACUACCCGAUCCAGUUCCCUGACGUCAGCAGGCCGAGGGUCGAAUACAAAGUCGUCAGCAGGCCGGAAGAGAAGCUUGAUGAAGCUCCGAUUGGAAGUGGAGAGUUUCCAUCAUCGGGGAACCACCAGGAGGAUCUACACGAGUCCAGAACAGACCAGAGACCAGUUAGUAGGGAGGACCCUGGAGACCAGAUGAAACCUCUUCACAUUGUGUGGCCUCACAGGUGGGAGCAUGAUAAAAAUCCUGAACUGUUUUUCUCCACUUUGAUGAAACUGAAAGAAAAAGAAGUCAACUUCAAUCUGUCGGUGCUCGGAGAGACAUUCAGUGAAGUUCCAGGGAUCUUCUCAGAGGCCAGACUCCGACUGGACCCCCACAUCCUGAACUGGGGCUUCCUGUCCAGGGGAGCUUACCUGCAGGUUCUGCUCCAGGCCGACGUAGUCGUCUCCACCGCACGCCAUGAGUUCUUUGGAGUCGCCAUGCUGGAAGCCGUCCACUGUGGAUGUUAUCCGCUGUGUCCCAAGGCCUUAGUCUACCCAGAGAUAUUUCCAGCAGAGUACCUGUACUCCACACCUGAGCAGCUCUUUAAACAGCUUCAGCGACUCUGCAGGAGGCCAGACAUUGUCCGAAGACACGUCGUCAAGGUAGACACCUCCUCCUACUCCUGGACGUCCCUGAAGGCGCACUACGAGGCUCUGCUGUCAGCCGGGUGUCCCUGAACGCACCACUCGGCCUCCAUUAGCGGGCUGGGGACGUAGAGUCUGGACCCGCGUGUUCACCACACGCACUCGUAGUUCCUCUCUGCCCAGGUUCAGGUCUUCUCCCAGACCAGACGCUGGAAAGCUUUGGGACUGUUUCUACCAAAAUAUCUGUUAAGUCCAAUAAAGUAAAACAAGAGCAGACCUUCUAUGAAACCCAACAAUGACUAUAAGAACUACUCGCUGAGUAACAACCUCUUAGGUUUGUUAAAACAGUCAGUCUGGCUGUUUGAGCAGCUCACCCACAUGACGAGCUGUAAUGCCUCGGCCUUCUAUGAACUCUGUAUGAUGUCAUCAUAUUGUGACCUCGCGCCCAACCAUGUGACCUCGAGAUGUCAUCAUGACCAUCAACAGGGCAUUUGACACUGGAUGAUGACAUGCCCUUUUUAAUGGUCAGAAGAGUACAUUGUCAUUCAUUAAUAUUGUUAAAUAUUCCCAGUAAUGAACAAGAUUAAAAACCAUAAAAGGACAAAUAAUUGAAUAAAACAAAACAUUUAGAUAUAA